AUGCAGGUCACACCAAUAGGGUGCCUGACUGUGACUUCAUUCGCUCACGCCACGGUCCUCCGGUUCAACUGUGCAGCCAACCCGUUCUCUCAGCAUCCAACGUUGCUCUUUGCUUCGCCGCAAGCAUCCGAUUUUAGUCAUCAAAUUCACAACACAUUUGAACUGGACACAAACCGAACGAACAUGGAGAACAAGGUGAAUCCUUCAAUGGAGUCCAUCUCAUCGCAAAUGGACACGGAGGGGAAAAGCCGGGAAGAAAUGAUAGCCGAGUCCGUCAAGAAAAACGAGGACGUCCAAAAUCUUUAUCCUCAGGUUGACUUCAAGGGGGCCGUCCUUGAGCCUACCAUUCAUUUGACUUAUGAUAUUCAGGAACACGUUGACGAACCAAACCAAAGGAGAUACAACACGUUGAUCGCGGAGAUGCUAGAACGGACCGCAGAGCCAGACCUAGCUGAAAGAUUACUCUGGGAAGCGAGGGAGUGUCUCGCGGGCUACCCAGAUAUCUUGGCUCAGUUCGAUGCGAUAUUUUUGGGCCAACGCUCUGCUUCAAGUGUGAUACGGGAAUUACACGAAUGGCUGGCGGGCUUUUCUAUCGCACCAUUUGGGGCCUAUUGGAUUACGCCUCUGAACCUAACCUACAACUCAACUGGUGUCGAGCCGACAGAAGAGAAUGCCGUUGAAAGGCAAGAUAAGUCUUUCGGCCUCUACGCCUCAUCUUGUCUUCAGAAAUAA